UAAUCUCUACUGUGGAUCAUUUUGGCCGAUAAAACCUAUCGCGGACUUCAAUAGCAGUCGGUCAUGCUUUUACUUUGGGUUUCAUUUGCGGUGUGCGGACACCAAAGAGGUAGGGUCUAUCGUCUAUAACUAUUAACCGUGUCUGUGCGUUUGGUCGUGCAGUCAGUUCUUUUUUUCUUCGUCUGUCUCUGCUCAUUUGGGUAUCAGUAACUUUGUAGAGUUUGUUAUUGGUGUGGGGUUUGGAGGUUUUGAUUGAUUACUAUGUAAAGUAGUAAAGUGGUUUUAGGGUUUUGUAUCUUUGUUAAAGGGUUUAGUAUAAUAGUGGGAGAUGGGGUUGCGCUGAUGAAAGUUGAACUAGCGGGGCAUCAAUCUGCUUUUAGAGUGAAAUCACAGAACUAAUCGGAUAUGCAAAAUUUCAAUGCGUCUCAGAUGGGGUUUCCUGUUCGUCAACUACCGGAAAAUUUGAGUCCUGGAGGCAGUGAGAAUGGUAACAAGAGACCUGGUAUACCACCCUCACACCCGAUUAACCCUGCUUCUCUGCUUCAAUACUCGCAGUUUGUCGGGUCCUCGCCGGCUUCUGGGGAAUGGAGUUCCCAGAAUUUGAGCCCAGGGAUUUCCCAUUCUAGGUCUUUGUCUCAACCUACGUUUUUUGCGCUUGAUAGCUUGUUGCCCCCUUUGAGCCCUUUGCCUUAUUCUGAACCUUCGAUGAGCUCGCUCUCUGACCCAAUUUCCAUGGAUGUGUCUAUGGAAGAAAGUGCUGUUAAUUCUCAUGCCUUAUCACUUCCUUCGCCUAUAAACGGAGGUAAUGCAUUUCGGGUUGGUGAGGGCCUUCCUCCUCGCAGAGGACACCGGCGCUCCAAUAGUGAUGGUAUUCCAUUAGGAUUCUCAACCAUGAUUCAAUCUUCACCUCAGUUGACUCCCAUUGGGAGUUGGGGAGUUUUGGAUCAGUCUAUUUCUGGAAGCGAGAAUUCAGGGGUGGACAAGCCAAUCCAGUUGGUGUUGAAGGGGGAAUUGAAGAGGGAUAGGGCUGGCAAUAACAUUGCCAAUGGGGCAGAUGAGGGAAUAUCUGAGGGAGUAGUUCUGGAUGACUUGUUUAAUGAAUUUAUGAAUUUGGAAAACAUUGAUAACAUGAACUCAUAUGGUACGGAGGAAAAGGAUAGGGAUGGUAGAGCCAAUGGCUCGAAGAUGAAGGGAUGUGAUGGCAGCGAUAAUGAAGUGGAAAGUCGCAAGAAUGACUGUCUAAACUGUGUGCAGGGGUCAAGCUCAAGUUUUACUAAUGAGAAGAGAGAAGGAAAGAGAAUUGCUAGUGGAGACACGAAGCCUACUGUCCGACACUCGAGAAGUGUUUCAAUGGAUAGUUAUAUGGGAAAUUUGCAUUUUGAUGACGAAUCACCAAAGCUCCCACCUAUAGGAACUCAAGUGGGUCAACAAUCACCUAGCAAUGCACCAGAGGGGAGCUCAACUAAGUUUUGCAUGGGGUUUGGAAAUGGUCAUUUUAAUGAGGUUGAGCUGGAAAAGAUCAGGGAAAAUGCGAAACUGGCUGAGAUUGCACUAUCAGACCCCAAACGAGCCAAGAGGGUUUUGGCUAAUCGUAUGUCAGCUGCUCGUUCCAAGGAUCGGAAGACGCGAUACACCACAGACAUAGAACACAAGGCACAAAUUCUACAGACAGAGAACACCACCUUGUCAAACGAGGUUACAAAGUUACAGAGAGAGUCUACAGAACUUAAGAGUGAGAAUAAUGAGUUGAGAUUCCGCCUUCAGGCCAUGGAACAAGAGUCGAAACUCAAAAAUGCUUUAAAGGAGGCUUUGAGGGCUGAAGUCCAGCAUUUAAGGCUUAGUGUGGUAAAGUGUGGUGGGGAGGGCUACCUCGCGCACUGCAUGGCCCAGCAGCUUUCCAUCGAUCAACAGAUGUUCCAGCUGCAGCAUCCGCAUCACACACAGGUUAACCAUUCGACAUGGGAGCAACAUUUACUGCCACAGCUGCCUCAUCACAAUGGACUAGAGCCCCAGCAAGAGAAUGGUGAUGUUGCUCAGCAAGAGGCAAACACAUAGGUUGCUUAACUGCUAGCGUCAAUAGAAAGUGCAUUGGUGUCUCAACUCCAUUUGAAAUAAAGGUAGUGUGCAAUCGUAUAUAACCUUCUUCAAAUCUAUCAAUAUAUCAAUGUCGUCCAUUUGAUUAAAUUUAAGUCAUUUUUUAAUUUAUUAUGUUCAGAUGCAAUUAGAAAUUGAGAUUAA